AAUUGUCUCAUUACUCUGCUUCAAGGACGUGAAAACUACUUUACUUAUUUGUAGUGCUGUAUCAUAUCUGUCAUCUUUAAUUUGCAUAAAAAAAAUAGGAUUAAAACAAUCUGACAACUGAUCAUGAUUCAGCAUGUAUAGCUUUGAAGGGGACUAUAGGCGUAAGCCACAACAAAAUCUGUCAGGUGCCAGUAAGCGGGACGAGAGAGCUGUUCUUUUACAACAUGCGCAACUAGAGAGAUUAAAGAGGGAACAGCAGCGCAAGAAACACAAUGCGGCUGUAAAGAUACAGGCAUAUAUACGUGGUUUUGUUAUUAGAAAGCUAGUAUGUGCACAAAUGAGGCAAGAGUUUGAUGAGGCACAACAGGCAGCAGGACGUAGAAAUCUGAAUCUGGAAGAACUGGUGCCUUAUCUAAAUAAGUUGUUGUAUUUUUAUCAUCAUACGUUGGAUGCCAACAGACUAAUAUGGGUCUUACAACACUUUUUGAAGCACCAGAAGGAGAUCAAAUUGAAGUCGAUAAAUUCGUCGCAAUGGCUAUGGAGAUUGCGAUGGACGCUUUGUAUGUGCAUGCGAUACACCACAGAAAUGUUACCAGACAGUGCGUAUUCACUGGCAAUACCGUUGCGAGUUCUAGAGGUGUUCACUGCGCGCGAAGACACGGAGAGAGUACUGCGCGAGAAUAGUUACCGACACUUAGAAAGUAUAUUCGUUUACCUGAUUCAGCACAAGUACUUCGAGCAAUUGAGAAAGCUGCUGGACGAGAAAGUGCCACCAAUGGUAGAGGCAACAUCGGUCGCUCGCACGCCGAUCUCCAAAUGUCUGCUUGACAUGAUCAAACGACCGGUGGAUCUGAUUUCUCAUGUGGAUCGCAAGGAGAGCUUUUCCACUCUUGUGUUGCGCGAACUGUGCAGGAAUAUAUUUUCGCCUAAAAUGUCGGACCCGAUUCGCAUGUUUAUCGUGCCGGCGUUGGCGGAAUUCAGAGACUUUCCCUAUGCUCAGUUGAUCGAUUGCAUUAACCGGCUCCAGCUGGAGCCUACGAUAAAUCUGUUUUACUGCGUUUUAUCGUUAGAUUCGUCCAAUCAAUUUGUAUCGUGCAAAUUCGAAGAUGUGCUGACAAAUUACCUGCAAGUAUUUGCGUCUCUCAGCUCGACUAUUGUGUCGUUGAACAGCGCAUGGAGCGUCUCAGAGCAGCAACAAUGUCAGCAGGCAGAUAACGACUCAGACAACGAUACCAAGGCUAGUAUAACUGAUCAGGAACAGAUUGACGUCCUGCAGCAUUGCAUCGAGAUGCUGAACGAGCAGCAGCGUGUGAAUAUCAUACUAUCGGCGAUCGAGCACAGUCAUAAGGAUCCCUCCGUGCUGUUGCAACCGUUGUGCAGACUGUGUCAUCAUCUACUCAUGACCAGCAAGUUGGCCGUGCACAAGUACAAGCUGCUCUACAUGCUCGCUUUUAAACCGGUGUUCCUCAAGCAUCUGUGGACGAGUCUGUUGUCAGUUCGCCAAACGUCGUUGUUCAGCAGCAACACUCCCACACCCCUGCUGCAGAUCAUAUCGCGCGGGAUUGCACUCUCAACGGAGGACACCAACAGGAUAGUCCCGCUACUGGCGGUGUUUUGUUCAUUAUUUAGCCUGCUGAUCGCGACGCUGCACGACACCGAGUUCUUCCUUGAACAAACCUCCACAGACCAGACGUCCGAUAAUCGACAGCAGCACGCUAUGCCAUUUACCAUUACCGAAUUGACGAUGCUGUCCGGCCAACUGAAGAGCGUCUGCCUAGGUCUGGUGGCACUCGCAUUCCCUGACACCCGGCCCACAAUGCGCGAAGACUACAAGAAUGCCGUGCUGGGCGCUGUACCCGUUCAAUCCCAACACGACACGCAAAUCUGGACGCAUCUGUUAAAGGUGACAGUGAGUCUUCUACGACAAUUACACACGCGCGAUCUCAGGCGGCAAUUCUGCCCGGAAGGCCACUGGAUCGCAUCUAACAUCACCAUUCCGUUCGAAAAACCGCAGAACUUUGCGUCGCGCCAACGUAGACUCCGCGGAUACGUCCCUUUUCAAACUCUACGAGCCUUUACACGGGAGGAAUUUGAGGAAGGACCGCCGCUAUCAGCGACAGAAGUGCGGACGCUGACUCUACUGCGCGAGAUACCGUUCGUUGUACCGUUCAGCAAACGCGUUGUGGUGUUUCAAUCGCUGAUCUUCAAGGACAAGUCGGAGCAGCAGAACGAACUCGCACAUUUUAUGCACGGUCCGUCGAUACAGAUAUCCGUAAGGCGCAAUUAUCUAUACGAGGACGCAUUUGAGAAGCUCUCACCGGAGAACGAGCCUGAAUUGCGACGUAAGAUGCGAGUACAGUUAGUAAACAGCGCAGGUCUAGAGGAAGCCGGUGUUGACGGCGGUGGUCUUUUUCGGGAAUUUCUAUCCGAGUUACUCAAAACCAGCUUCGAUCCCAAUCGUGGUUUCUUCAAGCUUACCAAGGACAACAUGUUGUAUCCGAAUCCUACAGUGCAAUUGCUGGUUGACGAUUUCGCGAAGCAUUACUAUUUCAUUGGCAGAAUCCUGGGGAAGGCCAUCUACGAGAAUUUAUUGGUUGAGCUGCCGUUCGCCGAAUUCUUCCUAUCGAAGAUCGUCGGCCGUCAGUCAGAUGUAGACGUGCACCAUCUAGCCUCCCUCGAUCCCAUCAUGUAUCGCAAUCUGCUCUACUUGAAGAGCUACAAGGGCGACGUGGCGGAUCUCGGACUCGAUUUUACUGUGCUGACCGAUGAGCUGGGCGAGCGCCGGAUAGAUGAGCUGAAGCCGAGCGGCGCCAACAUUCCCGUGACGAAUCACAAUCGCAUCGAGUAUAUCCAUUUGAUGGCUGAUUACAAGCUGAAUAAGCAAAUCCGCACGCAGUGCAAUGCGUUCAAGGGCGGUAUUGGUAGUGUGGUACCGCUCGAUUGGCUACAGAUGUUCAAUAAUAAAGAGCUGCAAGUGCUGAUAGCGGGUGCGCAGAUUCCCGUGGAUGUAAACGACCUCAAGCUGCACACAAACUAUACCGGCGGGUACACGGCCAAUCAUCCGACCAUCACCGCCUUCUGGAAGGUCGUCAGCGAGUUCAGUGAUCACCAGAAGGGCCAGCUGUUGAAAUUCGUCACCAGCUGUAGCCGUCCUCCUCUCCUAGGAUUUAAAGAACUUGAUCCACCGUUCUGCAUCCAGCACGCUGGCAGUGUGGACCGUUUGCCGACCUCGAGUACCUGUAUGAACUUGCUGAAGCUUCCCGAGUUUCAAGACGAAAAAACACUGCGCGAAAAACUUUUAUACGCGAUACAGGCUGGCGCAGGCUUCGAGCUCAGUUAGAGAGCCUCCAACUUUGCUUCCGAUUCUAUAUGUCGAUCCAGCUGUGUAAAUACGGUGUAUAACUAAAAGCAACUACAUUAUGUGUGUGAAGAGAGAAUGCAGAUUUUAUUCUCACGCUGUUCUUCGUAACGCGGAAUAGCGUUAAAUCUGCAUCCGAUUGCACAAGAAUUGGAUUCAAGAUUUGGAUCACAUGAAACUUGAUCAAUCGAGGCAAAGAAAUCUCUGUCCUCUUUGAUUAAGUGUAAUUGCAAUCUCUUAAUUUUUCAUGUGUAGUCUGAUACGGGUUUUAGAAUUCAACACGGAAAUACCUACAAGAAAUUCUUACGAAACGCGGUUAACAUUAAUAGGAGGGGCCAACUACUAAGCUAUAUCUUCGAAGAUCAUUGCCGAUAACAUUUCGAAAUGAAAUUACGCCAUUUGUAAGAGAAGAAGAAGAAGAGAGAAGUGUGAGUGUGUGUGUGUGUAUAUGUAUAUAUAUAUAUAUAUAUAUAUAUGUACGAGCGCGUAUGGAUAUUUUUUUGGUUUUCACUUUUCCUACCACCUUUGGCCUACAACUUGUAAAUUAUGUAUAUUUUUAUUGUUUUAUAUUCGCCAUUGUGAUGUGUUUUUGUAACUAUACUGCUACUAUAAUUCAAAUGUAUGUGAGAGAAUAGAUGUAUUUAUGAGAGAUAUUGUUAAGUCUAUGUAAAUAAAAUAUCUUAAAACGUUAAA